GGUCGCGCAUCUUUUUCACGAUUGCCCGAGAGAGAUCCCCUCCAUUUUACCAGACUUUUCAGACCAUCGAUUAUUUUUUCUACUUGUUUUUUUUUUUUUGCCUUCAUGUCAUGUUUUGGGAGAAAGAGAAGGCCGGUUUCGGCGGUUUGGAAAUGGCAUUGCUAACUUCCGACGCGUCCGAUGCACUGACACGUUUUUGGCAGGUCCCAGCUCUGACGUUUACAGGGAAGAUCCGGCACCCGUGCUACAGCUCGCAAGCCCAAGAGGACAAGCUGUUUGUAGAAGUCGUUACGCGGACAGUUCUGAAGACGAAGUCCUUGAGGAGCCUUAAAGUCACUCAAUCGCCCGGAAUCUUCGGCUCGGAGGUUCUGGAUCGGAUCUUAUCUCAUGCAGGUCCCUGGCUAGAGGAGUUGAGCCUGGAAGUGGGUACAAGCGCUGGCGAAAUUGCCAUCUUGUCCUUGGAGGUCCUCCUGAGGAGAUGUCAGUCCCUCCGAAAACUCUACGUAUCGAUUCAAGAUCUGUAUAUUCAGGGCAUCUCGGUCAGCGAGGAUGUGACUCGGAUUGCGCUUGUGAGCAAUCGCAUAGAUGAGGAGAAGUGGGAGGAGUACACAAGCUCAGAAUCUUUGCUCAGUUUGCGAGGGGGGGGUAGUGCAAUGUGUAAAAGCCUGCGUCAUCUGGAGGUCUGGGGAAUGCUAUCCGGCUUCACUGGCUUGGGAGGUACGCAGCUGGUGGUUGCAGAGCCUCUCCCUUGUUUUCACGUCUUGCUCUCACUGUUCCCGAAUCUGGAAACACUUGCGAUUGGCCUUCAGGAUGGCACCGCCGAGAAUGCGUCGAUAGAAAUCACAUCCUUACCGAAGCUCAGAGAGUUGACGGUGUCGGCAGCGACUAUGACGCCGCAAGGAGCGUCGUUUGCCUUCAUCGACUCGUUGAUUGUGGAUGCGCCGUGGUUGUCGACAAUCGACGUCAACGGUGUGCGCUUCGUCUCGAUCAAAGGUAAGGUGGACAUAGAUUCGUUAAAAGUCGCAGCUAUUUGUCACUGCAACAGCAGGCUCCCGAGCCCCAACUUCGAUGGCGGUCCUGAUAUUCAACUUGACGAAGCGGUGAAGAUCCGCUCCCUUGUUCUAUUCCGGACGACCAGCAAUUGGUUAUCGCAGCAUGAUCUUCCAUCCGGAUGGACGUGGUGGAGGCUGAAGUCGAUACUGAAUGAGACGUUGCCUGCGGGGCUCAAGGACCUUGUGCUGAAGGAUCUUCCCAUAUGUGCUAUCACCCCAGCGCAAUUGUCCGUCCCUUGCAACAGAGUUAUUGACACGCUGCUUGCCGAUACGAACUUUGCAGGAGCAAGUUUUGCGGAGUCGACCCUCAAUUUUGCUUCUUUGUCGGCGAGCGAUCUUGCCGCGUGUAGCUGUUUCCAGCAUUUGCAUCAUUUGGAGAUUCACGGGUUCUCGCUAAUCAGCUUUGUGAUGCGACCAGACCUUAUGUCGGAAUCAGGCGCACGAGGCUCCAACAGCAGCGCCAGGUCAGAUGGGCGUGCCGGUGUGCUGCAUGCGCCAAAGCUGCAAACGGUGGUGUUGCAAAUAGAAGGGGAGGCAAUGCGAUGGGUUACACCACGCAUUUGGCCAUUGCUCAACGCGUUUUUGGCUGGAUGCCCGAAGCUUGAGGAGCUCAUGGUGAGAGUGGACCGCUUCAGGCCGUUCAGGGGGGUUGACGAAAGCUACAGUGCUCUGGACAAGGGCGUAAGGGAGCUGGCGAAAAAGUAUGGUGAGAACGUAAUGAAACUCUCCGUUGAUUUCAUGAUGAAGAAUGGACAGAUAUACUACGACGAUGAAGACGAGGACAGAUGGCACGAUGAAGACUUCUACGAAACGGUGGAUUACGAUGGGAUCAUGCCGGAAACUGAUGGGACGACAGAUGUCGAUGACUACGAAGCUGCGGACGCAUAUCAAGUAGCAGAUGUAGGCGAGGGAAUUGGGGCCAUUGAUGUAGGUGAGGGAAGUCGGGUCAAUGAUGAUGGAAAUGACAAUGACGAUGGCGAUGAUGAUGACGACGACGAUGCUGACGAAGACUUUCUUACGGGUACCUGUUAUGGCCUGACCCGAGAUGCGGCCAGUGCAGAUGACCACAUUGGGAUUCCAGAAGACGUGGACGUAACCGAACAAGCGAGUGUUUAUUCGCCAAGAUCCCCCAUAUAUGAUUACGAGGAUGAUGAUGGUGACGAAGACUUUCUUACGGUUAACUGUGAUGAUGGCGUGAUGUACUCGGAUGCUGCCAGUGCAGAUGAUCACAGUGAAAUUGAGGAUUUGGAUGCAACCGAACAAGUGAGCGAGUAUAUGUCACCGGCGCCCAGAUACUUGUUUGAUGGUCAUCGAUGUGUGAGCUCGAGGAGUCUUGCGACCACAUUCGUUGAAUCUGAUUCCCAAGAUGACAUGUAUGAAGACUACAGCAUUGGACAUGGUUCAGAUGUCCUCCUUGGGAACUGUGGAUCAUCUGAUGCGCUGUCGUGUUUGGGAAGCGGUAGCAGACAGGGACAGCUUGCCCAUCGGGACGGAGACCUGGAUGGGUAUGUUCGCACGGAGGAAGAGAGGGAUCUUGUAGAGGAUAGCGACUACGAGAUCUUCGAGGACUUCGAUGCUGUGGACGAGCUCGUCGUCCCGCAAAUGAGCAUUGAUAUGGUGAUUGCGGGCGUUGACGGGGGAAGAACGAAUUGCAACGGGGAGGCGGAGACAGGGGAGCAGGCAUGUGAAAGAUGUAACACACCGAGCAAGGGAGUCUGGCAAGAUUUGAUUGCAGAUGACGAUGAGGGGUAUGGUGAAGACGAUUCUUCCGGGUUCGAGGAGGAGAUCCACAGAGAAGAGACACUGGAUGCAGGACAACCAGGCGUGGUCAUUGCGGAAUUCGAAUCAUACGAUGUAGAUGUCGUAUUUCAAGAUGAAAAUCAGGAAACCUUCGACUACCUAGAAAGCAGUCUUGAAGACGAAGACUACGGGCAUGGGCCGUACGGCAAUGAUGAUGUCGACGAUGAUGUCUGCGGCGUGGAUACUAACUACUAUAAGAAGUUUGUGCACAGCUUUGGUGCGGUUGCAGCCCCACUAUUGUUGAAGGAGGCAGUGUCAGAAUGGGACAAAGACUGCACAUCAUCCCUCCAUAAGUUGAAGAAGUUGCUGAUAGAAAACCCAAAGGAGGUGUUUUAUGUGAGGAGCAUUGAGCUUGAGCUCUCAGUAAAGGAGGAGGAGGAGGAGGAGGAGGAGGAGGAGGAGGAGGAGGAGGAAGGGAGGCAAAGGAGGAGGAGGAGGAGGAGGAGGAGGAGGAGGAGGAGAGACAUGGACUCUGAGAGGCUUGGAGAGAUUUCUGCAGUGGCAAACGAUGACGUAGAGCUUGGGCUGAGGAAUCUUAUUCUUCACACUGAUGUGGCUGAUGGGACUCAGCAAUUGCAAAGGAGUGCUCCAUCAAGAGUCCCACGAGCGAGCUGCUCUGCUCGUCAGCGGAAGCCGAACAGUGGGUCAAGCAUGAGCAUUGCUAGGCCCACUGACGAUUGCCCUUUCGACAGUCUUCCUGAUGUGCUGAUUGUGAGCAUACUCGAGAAGAUCAGUGAGAACAAUUGUGCGAAAGCGAUUGCUCAAUGCGCGCUGGUCUGCAAGCGGUUUUCCCAGCUCGUAUGGCAGGUCCCAGCUCUGACGUUUACAGGGAAGAUCCGGCACCCGUGCUACAGCUCGCAAGCCCAAGAGGACAAGCUGUUUGUAGAAGUCGUUACGCGGACAGUUCUGAAGACGAAGUCCUUGAGGAGCCUUAAAGUCACUCAAUCGCCCGGAAUCUUCGGCUCGGAGGUUCUGGAUCGGAUCUUAUCUCAUGCAGGUCCCUGGCUAGAGGAGUUGAGCCUGGAAGUGGGUACAAGCGCUGGCGAAAUUGCCAUCUUGUCCUUGGAGGUCCUCCUGAGGAGAUGUCAGUCCCUCCGAAAACUCUACGUAUCGAUUCAAGAUCUGUAUAUUCAGGGCAUCUCGGUCAGCGAGGAUGUGACUCGGAUUGCGCUUGUGAGCAAUCGCAUAGAUGAGGAGAAGUGGGAGGAGUACACAAGCUCAGAAUCUUUGCUCAGUUUGCGAGGGGGGGGUAGUGCAAUGUGUAAAAGCCUGCGUCAUCUGGAGGUCUGGGGAAUGCUAUCCGGCUUCACUGGCUUGGGAGGUACGCAGCUGGUGGUUGCAGAGCCUCUCCCUUGUUUUCACGUCUUGCUCUCACUGUUCCCGAAUCUGGAAACACUUGCGAUUGGCCUUCAGGAUGGCACCGCCGAGAAUGCGUCGAUAGAAAUCACAUCCUUACCGAAGCUCAGAGAGUUGACGGUGUCGGCAGCGACUAUGACGCCGCAAGGAGCGUCGUUUGCCUUCAUCGACUCGUUGAUUGUGGAUGCGCCGUGGUUGUCGACAAUCGACGUCAACGGUGUGCGCUUCGUCUCGAUCAAAGGUAAGGUGGACAUAGAUUCGUUAAAAGUCGCAGCUAUUUGUCACUGCAACAGCAGGCUCCCGAGCCCCAACUUCGAUGGCGGUCCUGAUAUUCAACUUGACGAAGCGGUGAAGAUCCGCUCCCUUGUUCUAUUCCGGACGACCAGCAAUUGGUUAUCGCAGCAUGAUCUUCCAUCCGGAUGGACGUGGUGGAGGCUGAAGUCGAUACUGAAUGAGACGUUGCCUGCGGGGCUCAAGGACCUUGUGCUGAAGGAUCUUCCCAUAUGUGCUAUCACCCCAGCGCAAUUGUCCGUCCCUUGCAACAGAGUUAUUGACACGCUGCUUGCCGAUACGAACUUUGCAGGAGCAAGUUUUGCGGAGUCGACCCUCAAUUUUGCUUCUUUGUCGGCGAGCGAUCUUGCCGCGUGUAGCUGUUUCCAGCAUUUGCAUCAUUUGGAGAUUCACGGGUUCUCGCUAAUCAGCUUUGUGAUGCGACCAGACCUUAUGUCGGAAUCAGGCGCACGAGGCUCCAACAGCAGCGCCAGGUCAGAUGGGCGUGCCGGUGUGCUGCAUGCGCCAAAGCUGCAAACGGUGGUGUUGCAAAUAGAAGGGGAGGCAAUGCGAUGGGUUACACCACGCAUUUGGCCAUUGCUCAACGCGUUUUUGGCUGGAUGCCCGAAGCUUGAGGAGCUCAUGGUGAGAGUGGACCGCUUCAGGCCGUUCAGGGGGGUUGACGAAAGCUACAGUGCUCUGGACAAGGGCGUAAGGGAGCUGGCGAAAAAGUAUGGUGAGAACGUAAUGAAACUCUCCGUUGAUUUCAUGAUGAAGAAUGGACAGAUAUACUACGACGAUGAAGACGAGGACAGAUGGCACGAUGAAGACUUCUACGAAACGGUGGAUUACGAUGGGAUCAUGCCGGAAACUGAUGGGACGACAGAUGUCGAUGACUACGAAGCUGCGGACGCAUAUCAAGUAGCAGAUGUAGGCGAGGGAAUUGGGGCCAUUGAUGUAGGUGAGGGAAGUCGGGUCAAUGAUGAUGGAAAUGACAAUGACGAUGGCGAUGAUGAUGACGACGACGAUGCUGACGAAGACUUUCUUACGGGUACCUGUUAUGGCCUGACCCGAGAUGCGGCCAGUGCAGAUGACCACAUUGGGAUUCCAGAAGACGUGGACGUAACCGAACAAGCGAGUGUUUAUUCGCCAAGAUCCCCCAUAUAUGAUUACGAGGAUGAUGAUGGUGACGAAGACUUUCUUACGGUUAACUGUGAUGAUGGCGUGAUGUACUCGGAUGCUGCCAGUGCAGAUGAUCACAGUGAAAUUGAGGAUUUGGAUGCAACCGAACAAGUGAGCGAGUAUAUGUCACCGGCGCCCAGAUACUUGUUUGAUGGUCAUCGAUGUGUGAGCUCGAGGAGUCUUGCGACCACAUUCGUUGAAUCUGAUUCCCAAGAUGACAUGUAUGAAGACUACAGCAUUGGACAUGGUUCAGAUGUCCUCCUUGGGAACUGUGGAUCAUCUGAUGCGCUGUCGUGUUUGGGAAGCGGUAGCAGACAGGGACAGCUUGCCCAUCGGGACGGAGACCUGGAUGGGUAUGUUCGCACGGAGGAAGAGAGGGAUCUUGUAGAGGAUAGCGACUACGAGAUCUUCGAGGACUUCGAUGCUGUGGACGAGCUCGUCGUCCCGCAAAUGAGCAUUGAUAUGGUGAUUGCGGGCGUUGACGGGGGAAGAACGAAUUGCAACGGGGAGGCGGAGACAGGGGAGCAGGCAUGUGAAAGAUGUAACACACCGAGCAAGGGAGUCUGGCAAGAUUUGAUUGCAGAUGACGAUGAGGGGUAUGGUGAAGACGAUUCUUCCGGGUUCGAGGAGGAGAUCCACAGAGAAGAGACACUGGAUGCAGGACAACCAGGCGUGGUCAUUGCGGAAUUCGAAUCAUACGAUGUAGAUGUCGUAUUUCAAGAUGAAAAUCAGGAAACCUUCGACUACCUAGAAAGCAGUCUUGAAGACGAAGACUACGGGCAUGGGCCGUACGGCAAUGAUGAUGUCGACGAUGAUGUCUGCGGCGUGGAUAAUGUUCUCUGCAUUGCGUUUGAACAACUUCCGCUACUUGCUCUUCGCUGAUACUUUGGCGCAAUGACUCGUUAUUUUUGUGACAAUGUACAUAAUCCCUACAUGAGGCAUACUAUAGCUAGUUGAUCUGCUGUGUAAACUCCCUCCUAAUCCGAUAGAAACGUCUGUGAAAGCAAGAGAAUGUAGGUAUAGCGAUAUAAAUGACUUCUGAGGAAGGAUGCCAGAAAGUCAGUUACGAGGAGGGAGGUUGGAUUUUGUGUGAUAAUGUGAUUCCUAUAAUUUUCUAUCCUGAUGAAAUUAAUCACGUGGCACGUGGUAGGUGAUCUGUACAAUAUAGAAUGCACUACCGACUAUGAUAUAGUAGAGAUAUUCCUAUAUAUGGGAUGGGAUGGGAUGGGUGUUGAUAACCGGAUGGAGAAAAAUGCCAAGCGAUUGGGAGAGAGAGAACGGGAGACGAACGGGAGAGGAAGACAAGAAGGAAGCGGUGUAUGUGAGCAAAGACCCUAGUGGAAAACGAAGCGCAGCUGCUGAGUGGAGCAGCAAAUGUCGCCGCUGUUGGGGGAGAAGCUCAUAGUGUCUUUUUUUUUUUGGGUUUCUUGACAGUUCUAUAGUGAUAGAAACCUGUUAAGAAGCUUAGCUAUGGAAUAGAAGACCUCUCCUUGGCAAAUGGAUCAAAUGGAGGGCAUCUUUUUUAUAGUUGGGUAUUGUAACUAUUGUUAUACCCAACCAUGGAAGGCCACUUCCUUGACAAUGUUUGGCCUCAAGUCUUUGCGAUAAAGGUAUUGUGAAUUUGUCACAAAAAAAGACUUGACGGAAGGUGUUGAACAGCAAAUAGAGGUGUUGGAUGGUGACAGAAGGGCGCGGCCGAGCACACACAGCGAGCAGAUGGAAGACCAAAGCCGGCCCCGCAUGGCAUCAGGAGGUAGCAUCCAGCAGACGACGUUUGAUGUGUGCAAAGGGUAAACGCAGGUUAACCAUUGGCAGAGAUUAACACGAUGACGACUCAAAGAAAUAUGUUGCCACGCCAUCUUGAGCAGGGUCCAUCUUACGGUGCACACGGAGAGAGAGAGAGAGAGAGAGAGAGAGAGAGAGAGAGAGAGAGAGGCUCGCUAGAUGUACAUUCAACUCAACCACAGUGGUGUGAGGCAAGUGGCAAAAGCUCUUCUAGAUGGGAUCGAGGCUGUGCUGGGUUGCUAUGCCCAAGUGCUCAGAUCAAUCAUAUGUUGAUGGAGCUUUUCCGCAAUUUAUCUUGGCGGUGAUUCAGGGGCACGCGCAUACAGAGCAAGAGCCACAGGGGAGAGAGAGAGAGAGAGAGAGAGAGAGAGAGAGAGAGAGAGAGAGAGAGAGAGAGAGAGAGAGAGAGAGAGAGAGAGAGAGAGAGAGAGAGAGAGAGAGAGAGAGAGAGAGAGAGAGAGAGAGAGAGAGUCACAGGGAUGACUGUGACUGGUGAGAGGCCAGUGCAAGGUGAAUGAUGAAGACGUGUUGGAGAGAGAAUGAUGUAGCUAGGUGAUUCUUCCUUCAGGUGGAUUUACCUCACAGUAUUCUGAGUGUUCACAGUACUCUCGUUGUGAACGAGGACUCAAGGAGGAUUGUAUGUAAGGGGAUAUGACAGUGUUGCUUUCGU